AUAUCAAAUUCAUGAAUUGAGUAUGCGCAUAGUAGUAAACCAAGCAUUAUUUGAUAAAAAGGUAGUUUCUACUGGAUAAGACGUCAAAUACCAGUUCAACCGUACGUGAUUGUGUAUUAAAUUGUUCCCCAAUUAAAUUCAUGCUUAGCUCUUAAUUGAAUGAAAACAAUCGGUUUUUGAGUAAAAUGAAUAUCUACGUACUUGUAUUUUUGGGAUCCUGCAUAGCCGAAAAAAUCAGUUAUGAGCAUUACAAAGUCUUUCGAACCCACCCUGAAACGCAGCAUGAUCUGCACCUCCUUAAACAGUUCGCGGAAAGAAUACCAGCCAUAGACUUCUGGAACAGACCCAAUGAAUUUAACACUGAUAUUGACGUCAUGAUUCCACCAGAACACGAGAAAGAAUUUGAAAAUUUCCUGUACACUAGAAAUAUCGACUCGGAGAUAGUCAAGCAGGAUGUUCAAGAUCUCAUUAAGAAGCAGCACAGUUGUUCGACAGGCAGAUGUGCAUUGGGGUGGACUCAAUACGCUACACUAGCUCAAAUAGACGCUUGGUUGUAUAGUUUGCCAAAACAUUACAAAACAGUUAAAGUAAUAAUCGCUGGGAAGACAUUCGAAGGCAGAAACAUUACAGGAGUUCAUCUAUCCUAUUCCAGGGAUAACAGACAUAAAGCUAUUUUUAUCGAAGCGAAUAUGCAUGGUCGAGAAUGGAUUACUUCAGCAGCUGCAACUUUCAUUCUGAAUGAACUGUUGACUAGUAAAAAUCCAGAAAUCCGAAGAGUAGCUGAGAGUUACGAUUGGUACUUUGUUCCUGUUGCGAAUCCUGAUGGCUUCGUUUAUUCACAUGAGCAGGAUCGUAUGUGGUACAAAACGAGAACGAACCAUAAUUGGCUCUGCAGAGGAGCUGAUGCGGCUAUUAACUGGGACAUCCAUUGGUCAGAGCCCGCUACUUACACUCAUCCAUGCAUUGAGCCCUAUCCAGGACCAAAGCCAUUCUCCGAGUCUUGUACCAAAACGAUGUCCCAAUACUUCUACAAGAUGGGUGAUUAUUUGAUAGCUUACUUGAGUUUUCACUCUUAUGGUCAAAUUCUCGGGAUACCAUACGGUCACAGCCCUGAUCUACUUGACAAUUAUAAUACAACGUACAGUAUAGGACUUAAGACUGUCGAAAGCAUAGCAAAGCGCUAUGGUACAAGGUAUACGGUGGGAAAUUUAUAUAAUGUCAAGGGUCAUUCUGGCGGAUUUAGCGUCGACUGGGUGAAGGAUAUGUUCAGACUACCAUUAGUGUAUGUGUUUUAUUUGAGAGACAAUGGAAAAUAUGGAUACACUCUUCCACCAGACCAAAUCAUCCCAACAGGUCUCGAAACGUUGGAUGGUAUUGUUGCCAUGCUCAAAGCAUAUGAAGAAACACCAUGGUCGGCACACUAUUUUAAGAAGCUUCCAUGAAUAUAAUUCAAUAUGUUGAAG